CUGCCGAACGAAAGGCAGCAGAGAAAGAAGAAAUAAUUAAACAAGCGAAAAGAUUUAUUCUUUACAGAAAACCAAUGUGUAGACGAAUUAAUCAAGGUCUUCUCAUUUCUGAGUGCUAUAGAGAAUUGGACGCUCAACUAAAAUUUCGAGAAACUCUUAAAAAUAUAGAUAAAGAGGAGGCUAUUGCAUACAUGAAUUCGAUAAAAAAGGAUGUAGUAAAGUUCGAAGAAAAAAUGAAACAGCAGAUGGAGGAUCAGUUGGAGAAAAAGAAGUGUUACGCUACUGAAUUAAAGAAACAAAUUGAAGAGACUAAGAAUGCUGCAGCAGCAAAAGAAAGAGAGGAAUUCGAAGCAGAAAAACAAGAUCAAGCGAAUAUGAUAAAAUAUUUGCAAGAUAUAAAAGAAUACGAAGCACAACAAUUGCAAAACAAAAAGCAGAAAUUAAAGCAAUUCUUUAAAGACGCAAUCGAUGAGAAGAAACAAUUCGAUUUAGAGCUUAAGCACGAAGAAGAAUUCGAGGAUCGAGCAUAUGAAAUUUAUCGAAAUGCAAAGUUACGAAUACAAAAGCUCCACAAAGCGGUGAAACUGAAGGAAAAAGAAGAAAGAGAACAGAGAAUACAAAUAAUCACUGAAAGAUAUAGUGAGCUCUUAAAGUCAAAAGUAGAUAUGGGAGAACAACUAUUGAAAAAAGCUCAGCAAGAGCAAGAGGAACAGUACCAAGAAAAGCAAAGAAUACGAAAAGAACGUGAGAAUCAAAUGCGAAAGGAAUUGCAAGAUUAUCAAUUAGAAGUGCUAGCUACGAAAGCGAAACAAGCUCAAGAGGAAAGAGAUAUGAAAACGUGGGAAACUAUGCAGAGAUUCAAGAGGUCUGAAUGUGAUGAGAAAUAUAGAGACGAGGAACGAAAGAAAAAUAGGGAUAAAAAGAUAGAAUAUGGAAACGAAAUCAAAAGAUAUAUCAAUGAGAGAAUAGCGGAGCGAAUAGAAGAGAAACUUAGCGAAGAAAAAGCUGCAGAUGUAACGAAAAUUAUUGAAAAAGAAAAUCAAAAGGUUCUUAAUUAUGCGGAAGAGAUCAUAAAUGAAUCUAAAGACGUGAGACCACUUUAUCCAAUUCUUAAAGCUGCGGAGGAGUGCAAACGUGAAAUGGGUUUAAUACAACCUAAGAAAAAAGGAGAAACAAUUAUUGAAAAACCUAAAAGAAAACGAAGAAUGCGUAGAUGUACAAAAUUUAUCCCCGAGGAUAAGAUUUGUUAUUUAUAGUAGCAAAAAUGGAGGAAAAUGUUCAUUGUAACUGUUUUACCAAUAUAAAAGAAUUCUAGUGCUUCAUUC